CGGCUGCGCAUGCGCCCUGAGGGCGCUCCAUCUCUUCAGGCGGGUCGGGUCCUCUGCUGGCUUCUCCAUCGUUGGGCCUGGAGGACCUUCCUGGGCUCUUCCUCCGACGCCGAGGACGGGCAGUAAUUUACUCUUCGCUGUGUCUGGAGGGUUUCCUCUUCAGAGCUUCCUGCUGCUCCCCCUCUGUUGGUUUAUGAGGUCAUCGAUCCAGGCCAGGCUGCUGCACUCCUUUUUGACAGAUGCACUGCAAGACUCUUCAGGAGCUCUGUGAAGAUGGUUGUUCCUGGGAGUGCCCCUGUAAUUCAGCCAGACCAUAGUCUUGGAACGGAGCUGGUCAGAGGUUCAACAGAAGGUUCUUCAAUGGGUCCAGAUGCAGAACCAAUUGCCGAUCAAGUGGGUCCUGAAUUGGAGGAGGUCCGGAAGCUGCAGGAACUUGUAAGAAGACUUGAGCUCCAGAAUCAGCAGUUGAGAACUAGAAGCCUCCGAAGUGUGCCUGAGGCAAAAUUGCUGAGCCAAUCUGAUGCUGGGGUAGAUAAUUGCAAUUCCAGGCUCAAUGGGAUGGAAAUGAAUAAUAGCCUCAAUGCUCUGAUGGAUAAGCAAGAGCUUCAAAUAGUGGCAGACCUGCACUCAGCACUAAGUAAAAUGAAGUCGGAAGCAGAAGAAAGAGAAGAAUGUCUGAAAAAAGAUUUAGAGGCCACAGUGCAGCAUAGCUGUGCCACUGCUCCUGGGAAAGAGUCUUCCAACACACAGUUUGCGAGCAGUGCAAAAAGGCAGAGCAGCGAUGAUGGUACCGCUGACUUAUCCAGUUGGGACUGUAGCAGCACAGUGAAGGUGGAAAACUUUGCCAUCAGAGGUGCUGAGCCAAUGCUGAGAAUGAGUGAAGAGAGUACAGACGUAGAAGACCUUUUGAACGAGACAGCUCUGGAUGAGGUAGAAGUGCUGGAGCUUGAGAAUGGAGCUGAUGAAGAGGACAGCUGGUUGUAUGUUUCACCAAGAAAGGCAUCUAUAGAUGAAAAGGAGUCUCCCCUAAAAUGGUGUAGGCAGGUGUUGGAUCAUCCAAGCCCUGAGACAGAAGCAGCCUGCCAGACCCUCAUCAGCAGACUUGACCAAGGUUAUUUGAGUAUGCAUUCAGCAUUAAGCUCUCAGUCCUCCAUUGAAAGUGAACUCAGUACAUCAGAUGACUCCAUAUCAAUGGGAUACAAACUGCAGGAUUUGACUGAUGUCCAAGUUAUGGCCCGCCUACAGGAAGAAAGUCUUCGUCAGGACUGUGCGUCCAGCUCCGCUUCUGUUUCUCGGCGCAGUUCCAGUGCCUCCUUGCAUUCUUUGCGCAGAGGCACCUACAGUGACCAGGACUUCGACACCUACAGUUUGGAGGAUGAAGAUGACGACUGUUCCCUUUCCUAUCACAGCAGCCACAGAUACUCCCCAUCCCCACUCAGCUCUCCACGGUGCCAAUCCCCAUCCACAAACACAGACUAUGACAGGGUGACGGGCACACGGAUUCGGCCCCCACGGAGAACAAUGCAAAGCCCUCUGCAAGACAAACUGAAAUACUCUGGGAAUGAAGAGGAGCUGCGUCACAGCAUGCCUAACCUGGCCAGAACAGGCCUGCGUUCCUUGGAGUCUGUAAGGAACAGCCGCAGCUUGGAGUCAGAUCUCCAGGUUCCUGGUAAUCGUCUCUCCAGGAUGCAGCAACCUUCAGGCAGUCUGGCACCAAGCAAGCUUCGCUAUUCCUCCAGUGCUGCCCAGGCUUCCUUAACAGUCCGACAGCCAAUGAAAGCAGGUGCCUGUGCAAGUACUCUCCUACCACCACGGCAGCCUGUUAGAGCCACUGGCUAUGCCAGUCCUUCUGGAAGAGUUCGAAAGCUGCAGCCUUCUCCCCUCAACCCAGGUUCUGCAGGCACAAGCAGUUCAGUGGCUAGAAGUAGUUGUGUACCCUCUGGAACAAAGAAUUCCCUGGCUAAGACCCGAACAUCUGCAGGGGGAGCAGCUGCUCCAAAAAGCAAGCUAAAUCAGCCAACUAAGAGCUCACACUGAUCUUGUAUCAGCAGAUUUCCAAAGGCCAGUGUUUCUGUUGAUGACUCUUGGAAGGACGGGUGUUACUGAGCCAAUGUGAAGAAAUGGUGAUGAAACCCAGAUGUUGAUGAGGAGGUAGGUGGACCGAAGCCCAGCUGGCUGGGCAGAAGAUUGUGGAAACUCCCUUCCCAUCACUAUCAGACUUGAACUGUUUGGACAAUCUUGACUUGAACUCAGACCUCCUCUUGCCUCUGCUGUAACUUGAUGGUGGAAAUGGACUGCCUUUUUGUUCCUGCUGUUGCGUUCUUGCUGCUGAGCCCCAGAUGACUGUUUUAUGGUAGCGUCUGUAUUUUAAGUAUAUAAGGCAGCCUGAUGUGUACACUUGAACUUAUUUUCUCCAUGUGCUUGCAGAGGAAAGCAGUGUGGCUUGCAGCUCUUGUACGAGCAAGAAGCUUCAAUUCCUUGGCACUUUUGGGGCAGAAUUAGAAAUUACUCUUGAAAAUGUCACCUGGAACAUCUUUUUUUUUUCCUCAUGGAGACUCAGAGAGGUUUUUUUUAAAAAAACUUGUCCUAUAUUAGGUGUCUCUUCACUACUUUUUAUUAUUGUGGGGAGUGAAACAGGUUUUUAUAUCUAUCAGUAAUACAGCUCACAAACCAGCACCACCACCAGUGAGACUUUUGUGCCGUUGUGUGCGCGGGGUUGUUGUGAAUUCUUUUGUACUUGACUUGCUCUCUCUUGAACCGGGCAAGGCCUUGGUGUCGGCAUGGUGCCACUUCCCCCAAAAACUGAUCACGCAUCUGAGGUAUUUCUCUCCCGUUGUCCUCACCCGAUCCCAGAUGCUAAAGCAUUCUGUUCUGCUUUUGUACAAAUCUUUUCUACUGUGUUUUUUUUUCUCAAUGAAGGAACUUGGUUUUUAAACUAAAUCAGUGGCUGCUGAAGAUCACAAUCACACCGAGAAUUCAAACUGGCCUGCCAGCCCUACUUUUGCCACCAAUGUGACUUGAUAUUGUAGUUAAUAAAUGUGAAGGAGCUAGUAAUACCUUGCCUUUAGUA